UGUGACAAUUUUGAAAUGAAGGAAGCAGUUAGGGUCAAUUCCACCCGCAUUCGGAAAGACAGACACAUUGUUCCCUGACGUACCUUUUAUUUUCCCCAUCUUAACCCCUUUAAACUGAACCACUUGACAUCAAUCUUCGAGUUUUACGCGCUUGAAUCUCCAAUAUUUUUUAUCUGAUUCCUAGACCUACCUACUAUAUUUAUAGUAGUCUCCUUCCCCCCCUUCUCACAGAAUUCGAUCAGUGCCCGUGUUUCCAACUGAACACUGCAUUGCACCGCCCUAGUCCGUGUGAGACAGUCCAAUUAAUUUGCCCCACGCACUGGAUGGUAAUCUUCUCCGCAGACAGUGCGUGUGAAAGAAUUGCAAGCGUCAUGGAAGAAUUUUGUGGAUUCUAAACGGAGUGCGCGCUCUUCUAGAAGCACUGUUUGUGCUUACGAGCUUGGGUCGCAAACCUCAUUCUAUCAUGCCACCCUCUACCGUUUUCUCAUACUGGCGCCGCGAUCAUCGCCGGUCAAGCGCCUCCCCCGUCAGGUCUUCCGCGAAACCCAACAGCAUUGGCACCGUCCCUCAACUCCCACUUAUUUCGAAUUCAGCGGCACUGCCGACUACUUUUACUUCUGAUGGAUCAGGCACACAUGUGUCAGGCGAUUAUUUACCGGAGGUUGACUUGAGUAAAGAUGAUGUCACUGUAUCUACUUCUGCAGCCAACGCUUCCUCGUCUUCCUCAGCCAAUCUUGCAGUACCAUCCUCCGAUAGAGAUGCCCGCCCUCAUUCGAGCCCGGAGGAACGGGAAAGAGACUUAUCCUCCACACCGAAAUCGAACUCCUCACAGCCGUCCUUCGCUGGUUCGCGCCCGGACCUUACCGAAGGCGAGUCUUCUAAGCCGAACUCGCCCUUCCGGCUUUCAUUCGGAAAAGGACUAUUGAACCCCCAUUCGCAGUCUUCGGAUAGUCAUUUAAAGCGCUCAUCUACCCCUGACAUGGCGCAAUCAAGUCAUUCGCGUAUCAGGGCGCCCCCCGAUGAAUCCUCCACGGAAAAGGUAAUCGCGCCGCGAAAGGAUCACAAACAUGAGAGUACAAUUAGCCGCCGGCAAGGAGAUCGGGACGUUUCUGCAGAGCCUGUUCACCACAAAUCUGGAAAGACGAUGCUUCAUCUCUUGAAUCCCAUGUCACUAUUGGCCAGGCGCCGCUCAUCCCAAAUAGCAAGCAUGCGGGCGGAGGACGCGAAUAUCAGGGCCCGUAACGUAAUCCCUGCUAUACCAGACGAUUAUGACCCUAGAAUCCGCGGGAGCAUCGUUCAUGAUUUCUCCGCGCCUCGACCUCGUCGGAACCUGUCCGCAGCACCUGUUCUUCUACAUGGUGUGUCUAACCGACAUAGUUCGCACGAAUCGUCUUAUGCCGCAAAUGGGACACAAAGUCAUCCUAAUGACUUAGCAGUCUUUGCCAACGAUCAAAGAAAGAGACACAGCGAAUACUCGCCUGUCUUUAGAGAGCAUUUCGAGGAUGAUCAAAAAGCCUUACAGGUUGAGAAUAAGGCCUAUCUACAAUCGUCCUUAUUAACUAACCCGCCUCAUCAUGAUAACGAUACACAGUCUGUUCCUGUCUUUGCCAGAAACCUCCCCUCAAGUCUUCCAGAUCAUGAUAUAGAAUCUCAUUCUAUCGAUAACAACACACCUAAAGGAAGCCUAGAGUCUGGACCAACGCAUAGCAAUGCACUACUGGAUUCAGACACCGUUGAGAUUGUACCUCAUCAACCGUUGGGCCUACCAAAGCAUCUCAAGAGUAACGCGUCUCGAUUUAGCUUUGAUAUGAAUGGCGUGGAAUCCUCAACGCAGGAAAAGCUCCUAGAAGAAAAGCAUAAAGAGAAGGAAGCAGCGCGAAGAGCUAAAGCCCAACUAGAGGGAGAAUUAAGCGACGCAGAUGAUGAUUUUGAUAACGAUCUCAUAGACGACAUGAACGAACUUGAAGAAAAGAUUCCGGGAGUGAAUGUUGAUGCGGAUGAUGAUUAUGAAUUCGAUGACUUCUCCGGCCCGGGGAACAUCCUGAACAAAUCGUGGCUUGCCCCUGGCUUGUCUCCGGUAAUUGCCAGUCCAAGUAGCCCUAAUGCCCCAAGCAUGACCCCUAUCUCAAACGCUCCAGGCGGCCAAGACUUCGCUCCUGCGCCCGAAAAGAGUCUGGGAUCUCCUGUGCAUAAUCCCAUGUCUGUACAUUUGAGCAAUGGCCCUAAUACAGGAAACGCAGCUGAAGGCUCUUUGCAGGCGCAUGUGGUAUCUCCGUCGGCGGUUCCACAAGUGCCUAGUAAUUCUCACCUCAGUACCUCACAGCUACUUGAUGACGAAGACGAAGAUGACUUGUACUUUGACGAUGGAGAAUUCGGUGAUCUUAGUACUGAAAUCGAAGGCGAGAAGUUUGAUGAAUCAAUAUUUGACGAUGAGACAAGUCAUCUAUAUGACCGAAAGCCGGUAGUUCAAGGAACCCCCUCUGUCCAGCAAGAAGAGCAAAAGCCUGGCAUUGGGGAUGUCCUGAAUGAACAUGAUGGAUUACCAGGACAGGAUGGGGACCUGAAACAUGCACCAAGCAUGGCUAGUGACUAUCAAGAAGUGGCUCCCAGGAGCUACAGACAUGACGAGGAAUUAAUGGCCAACGCGGGGCCAGCGAAGUCGUAUGGUGGUGUGUUAUCUGAACACAAUCUUGAGGCAUUGCACAACGCUCUGGCUAAGGCAGCCAAUGACUCGGUCACCGAUGACAGAUUUGGAUGCUGCAUCAGUGUUAGUGAACAGUCUCUGGAUCAAGGAAGUGUCGCACAGACUGUGGGUUCCCAUCCAGGGCUAGUUUCGGACGACAGCCGUUUAAGCCAGCCGGCGGAUGUAGUAGGAUUCGAUUCAGUUUUCGAGGAUUUCGAUUACGAUGACAACGACACCGCUCUUUAUGAUGAUCCCAUUAUUGCCGCCGCCAAUGCGGAGGCAUUAGAGAAUGAUGAUGAAGGGUUCUACGGCCAGGAAUUUGGGUUCUAUGCGCAAGCAUAUGGAAACUCUACCUCGGAGCUCACUCAUGGCGGAUAUUUUGGACCGCGUGGGGUUGAAGGUAUUACCCGCAGCUUCAGCAGCCGUGGUAAAUUCAGAGAACCAAGUUUAACGCCCAUCACCGAGCGGAGCGAAUGGAGUACGCGUAAUUCGGUCAUCUCACUAGCCGCUCAUGGGGCGGCACACUCCAAUCCACUGUCGAGCCCUGGACUAGCCCAGCUUGUGGACAUGGGGAGUAUCGAGGACGAAAUGACACUGAGCGCUUUAUUGAGACUCCGGCGUGGUGCCUGGGGCGGGAGCAAUGGAAGCCUCCGUAGUAGUAGCGGAAGCCCACCUCCAUAUCCGCACCCUUCAUCGAACCGUGGAAGUUUCAUUUCAGACGUGAGCCCAACAGUCUAUAAUGCUCCUCCAGAUGCCUUUGGCGGCACAAGCGCGACUGACUCUCCGAUUGACAAAGGGGGAUCGUUCCAUAGUCUCGCUCAGCAACACAGUACUGUUCAGGGUGAAUACGGCAAUCCCUGCAGAGCCCAAGGUGACGGCUGCAACUAGUAGCCAUGCCAUUGCGACCGGUAUAUAUAGCCGAAUUAUAUAUUAUUUUUUUUUGGUCUCUUACGGCUGGCCUAGCUUAAUGUUUUGAGAAAUGUGACUUCGAAAGCGAGACCCUGUACUAUGUUUAAUGAUUAGAUGAUUAAUUGCAUCAUGUGUGUCUAUCUGCUGUGUCAAUCCUUUGCAGAAAGCUUGUCGAAUUUAUCCGCUUGAAGUUAUCAUAAUAUAAAUGUACUGAUCCUGGUAUAGGACGUAGUUUCGUUCUCCUAAUGACGUAUGCCUGAUUGGCAAGGCCGACGCGAACGUGGUCCUCCGCAAUAUCCCGCACCGGGAAAUGUUCAUAGCCGGCCGGCCAGCUGUGGCGGUGCAAUUUACUGCUUGCAGCCAGGUAACUUCGGCCCGCUACGGCACAUUCGGUUGGUAGGGUGAGGGCUGAGUCAGCAAACGUGGCUCCUGUAGGAGGAAAGCAGCCAGCCACAGCCACAGGCCGUCAUAGCCGUAGAUCUCGGCAAACCCUCGCUCUCUCGCUCUCAUCCUGCUUUCCUGUUUCUCUCCUGUCUUCCGACACGAGGUUCUUUUGCAACCUAGCUCUCCUCUCCCCCAACUCACCCUUCGUUUCUUGCUUUUCUGUUGAGAGUGCGUGCGCUCUCU